UUACUUUUCAGUCGUUCACUCUUGCUUACUUUCGGUUAGACAAAAAUAGAGAGGUAAAGGCUUCAUGGAAAAUUUAUAAAUAAACAACAUGAAGUUUCUUGAAUUUAUAAAAAAAUAAAGCUUUUGAAUAAUUUAUACUUCGGCAGCUUCGAAAUUCAUACAUUUUUACAUAUAUAUUUAAUUUCAUUUUUCAAAUCAUGCCUCUUUUUGAAUUCAAUGUUCUACUAAAAGCAUUGCCUAGAACUGAGAUUACUGCUGCCUUAAAAAGAGUUGGUACUAGAUUAUUAGAUGAAGGUGUAAUCAUACAUAAAAUAGAAAAUCUUGGGCUCAAAGAUUUACCAUAUCGUAUGAUACAAGAUGGGCAACCUUUCUUCAAAGGCCACCAAUUUAUUUUUUACUUCAUGGGUUCAAUGAACAGUUUUAAAAAUGUUGAUGAUAUCUGUAAGCGUGACUUGGACCUUCUAAGAUUUGGUUUUGCCAAUGCCUAUAAAGAUCUAAAUCAAGACUGCAGUCUGCAAGAAGAACUACUGCCUCCUGCUUAUCGAGAAAGUGUUCAGAAAAUGAUGAACCAAGGAAGAAGAUAUAAACAACUCACUAAACGACAUUAUAAACAUGAAAGAGACUAUUCAUUCUUUGAUGUGUAUAUGUAGUCAACAGUAAUUGUAAACCCGAUGUAAGUGUAAACCUCAUCUAUUAUCUUAUAAAGCAAAAAUAAAUAGCAAUAUUAUAACAUUUAAA